UGUGUUCCCUGCUUCUUUGACAGAUCCCUGCGGGGAACCUCUUUUUGACCCGGAUUCCCUCCACCACCCUCGGUCGGCGGAGUGGUUGCCGUUGGAUCAUGUAUCCAAAUAUUUGGAGGCCCGCGUGCGUUGCCCCCUCUCCAAAGAGGCGCGCAACAAGCUUAGGGCAGAAUGCCCCAGACCCAUAGUUCCCAAUAGGGUUUGCGAGACUCCGGCGGUAGACCCCAAAAUGACCCAAUUCCUCACCAAAUCUGGGUGGAAUCCGAGAAAGGGUCUGGAGUCGGCCCUGCGCUCUUGUCAGGACAAGCUCCUUGACAUAUUUGGCCCCCUGGCAAAGAUCUUUGACUUGGCCGAGGCUGCCAAGGCUGAGGGUAGGCAGGUAGACCCUCUAGAGCUGCGCGAGUGGGUUCAGCGCGCAAUUUGCGUAGCGGGAAACGUUAACACGUCCCUGGCUAUUGAACGGCGCAAGGCCAUACUUUUUAAAAUUGAGCCUAAACUGUCCAACUUGGCGCUUACAGAAGCCGGUAAGGAGGCCCAGGGCCUGUUGUUUGGCGAGUCCUUUAUUAAGGACUUAGGACGGUUUGUCGGUGCUUUUACAGCACUCGAUAAAGCCCAAAGUUCGAUGAAGCGGGUGUUUCAUGGUAGGGUCUCUACCAGGGCCGGCAGUUUCAGGGGCCGUCUGUCCGGCCGUGCCCAUUUUCAAUCCCGUGGUACGGGCCGAGGCUCCUUCUCCCAGAGACCUGCAUUCCAGGAGCAAAGGCGAGAGACACCAUCCUUUUUCCCUUCCCGGGGAGAAUCCUGGAGGCCUAGAGGAUACAGAGGAAACCAUGGUUCCAGACGACCUUACGGUUGAGACCGGCCUGGUGUGCUGUAUCCAUUGGUCUACGUCGUCGGCAGUUCGGUUCCAGCCGAUCGUUUGAUGUGGACAGGACGAGGAGCAUCCUUCGGUGUUGUUUCCGGUUGUUCCCGGUUCACUUCCGGACAGAAGGCGGUUGUUGUUCC